AUGGCCACAUUCGCUACACGUUUGUCAAGUGGUGCUCCCACUUUUGUCCCAAGAAGUCAUCUGGCGCCAACUUAUCCUGAACCAACGACAGCUUCUGCUACGGUCACAACAAAUAAUAAUAAUACUAUUAAUAAUAAUAAUAACACAAUAACUACGACGACUACUACCUGCCAACAGGACAGCGACUGCGGCAGCAGUUCUGGCUUGGGUGGCAUGAAGACGCAGGAAAUGGCUUCUGAUGAAGGAGGAAGCUCGUCGUCUGAACCACAGCCAGCCUCUUUCUAUCCUCGGCCAACUACAUUUCCUAGUACCAUGCCCUGUUAUCCGACGAUGCCCAUCAAUCCCAAUCUACCGAAUUGGUUACAUCCCACUCCUCCUGGUGCUCCGAAUGAUCUGUUUGUUCAUGUUCAAGUUGGAGAAACGUUAUCCAUCAUCGUAGGAAGUGAAGUUCAACACAUAACAGGACCUGCCACAGUUCGGAUGGUUGGUGAAAGCGGAGUAUCUCCUUCAGCCUUGCCAAUCCAUGUACCUCCCGGCCAUAUGGUUCAUCAGAUAGUCGACGAUCAGGGCAUACUUCGGCACCUCAUCUUAUCUCCUGAGACUCCUCCACGUUAUCCGAAUGUGCAGACGCCUAACUCGGGUAUCGCUUCUCGAUUGUCUACACCACAUGCUCCCAACCAUUUCCAUCAACCCCCUCUAUAUACGGUCAAUAGGAAAUGGUCACAUCAUUCUGGAGGAUCACACAAGAUGAAUAUACAAGAUCAUGUUGGUCCCACAGUUGCAGCACACGUCGCUCGUGACGAUGAAGCGGAGAUGGAUAUUGAUUCAGAAGAAUAUGAACGUGUACGUGAAAUGCUUAGUCGAAUUCUUGCUCCUCAAAUCGUUCGAGUGACCCCCACUGAAGCAGAUAUUGCUUGGCAAGAAAUAGACACCUCAGAGGCUUCUGCUCCCGGUGGUCCUUUCCCUCAAAUUGAUGCGUCUGAAUACUCGUAUCAAAUUGUUUUGUUUGAGAAUCAAGGUCGAUUUGUAAAUAGUUAUCGUUGUGAAUCAUCUGGAACUCACCUUCGAUUAUGUCAUCUUCGCCCGAACACGGAUUAUUACGUACAGCUUAAAGCAUCUUUAGAAGAAAGAGGUUUAACUGGAGAACCUAGUCAGCCAGUUUUUUUCAAAACUCAUCCCGGUCGGCCGGACUCUCCUUUGAUUCCGAAAUUCGUAAAUGCGGGAUCAGACUGGUUAACCAUCUCUUGGAGAAGUCCAAACGACAAUGGAGCCAACAUUCAAGUGUACACCGUAUAUGUAACACAUCAAAACGAUUCGAACAACGAAAAAGUUUGGGAAGGACGAGGUUGUGAAGCCAAGAUCAACAACUUGAAACCAUCAAAAUCCUAUAGACUACAAGUCACAGCUACAAACCGUAUUGGUGAAAGUGGAUUGUCGCCUUGUUUGGUAGCCUCAACAAGGCCUGACCAUAGCCAACCACCUUCACAACCAGCCGCUCCUAAUGUCACAACUGUUUCAACCCGAGCUGUCCGCCUUACUUGGCCUAGCCAAGGAGAUGUUCAAUACUCUGUUGAAAUGAACGAUGUACUACAAGGAGUUCUAAGCACAGUACGUGAGAGGAACUCAGCCUGUUGGGCUACGAUUCAAGAUCUCCAACCUUCAAGUGAAUACUGUUUCCGACUCCAAACACAUUCAGCUGAAGGGGAUUCACAGAAAUCCGAAUGGGUUUAUGUGAAAACACAUGGAAAGUCAGAACGAUCCACCACAAACGAUCGUGUUGUCGUUCCAUCGAAACCUUACAUCCUCAUGAAAACAAAAAGGAAAUUGGAAAUAGGAUGGAGAGUAUCAUCAGCAAAAGAACGGGAAUUUACAUAUCAUUUAGAAGGUUCAUCCUUUAAUAGCCCAAACAAAUUCCGAACGUUAUACAAAGGACCACAAACGAGCUGUAUGAUCACUGAAGAAGAUGUCCAGAACUUCCGAGUACAGACUGUGAACAAGAAAGGCGUUGCGAGUGACUUCUCCGACUCUUUCUCACUUCCCAAAGUUGAAGACGAUCUCAUCCAAAAGCCUCCCCAACUUUCAGCUCCUAAAUUGGAAGGAGCUGGUGUAGGCACCAUUGCUAUCACAUGGAAAGCUCCCCAAUUAAGUUUACCAUCUACCACAACUCUCAUUUAUGAAGUUAGACGCGUAGAUUCGAAUAACGAGAUUAUCUAUUCCGGAAAAGAAACAACUUGUUCCGUUGAAGGAUUAGCUAGUCGUGUUCAUGUCGAAGUGCAAGUUCGAGCUGUUAUCAUCUCCUCGUCGAACGUCCGACUAGAGGGAGAUUGGAGUACAUCUGGUGCUAUGUUGUCACCUCGACCACCACCAAGGGCUCCAAAAGAGUUGAGACUAUCAGCUGAUAAGUCGUACGUGUCCUGGACUGCUGUUGAUUCCUGUGCUGAUACCCGAUUCCAUAUCUACUUCUGUGAGAUUGUAGACGCUAAGCCUAUCAACGAGAAGAAGUAUGAGGUUAAUGAGUGUAAAUACACUCUCACAAUGCUUGGAUACUCAAGGAACUACUCUUGUCGAGUUAUUGCAUAUCACGACGGUGGCGAAUCUCUGCCAUCUGAAGAGAUGUACUUCACAACACUCGCUGGAGUUCCGUCCCAACCUGAUAUUGCAGGCGUAUCCAUCGAGGCAGAAAGUACAUCGAUACUUAUUCUUCGAUGGCUUCCACCUGAUGCAAGAGGAGAUCCAAUUCAACAAUAUCACAUUCGCGUCGAAAGCCGUGGAGAGGUUGUGAGGGACUCGUGUGUUUUGGCUAAUCCCGCUCAGACUCACUGUGAACACCGUUUGUGUGACCUACAGCCCGAUACUCCUUAUCGAGUUGAAAUCGCCGCUCAAAACGGAGUCGGAACAGGAUUGUCCGUUGCUAUAUCUGGACGAACAAGAUGUCUACCUCCUAACCCACCAACUCUUGAAGCCGAAUGUGAGUCGAGCUCCCUGCGUCUGAAAUGGAAACCACAGAACACUCAUAGCUUCUUAACGUACAGAAUCGUUCGACUCUCUGAUAGUGAUCAUCAGUCAACAGUUUAUGAUGGAGAUCAAUGCUCUUUUAAAGUUCGCGGUUUACAAGAGAACUCUGAAUAUCGUUUCCAAAUCCGCAGCAGUGACCGUCAAAACGGAGCUGGUCCCUGGUCGGAAGUCUAUGCUUUUAGAACGAGCUAUGCUGCUCCACCGGCUAUGAAAAGUCCUUUGGUCGCUACAAAUGCUGGUUCAGGCUGCUAUCAGUUAGAAUGGACUCCCAUUAUCCAUAAGCCCAAUAUCCGAAGAUUAUUCUAUCGCCUACAAGCUUUGGACUGUUCUCUCGAUAAUGCCAAGUGGCAUACGGUGUACGAAGGAAUGAUGACAUCAUACACCCUGAAAGUAUCUGAUUAUCCAUCAGCUGUCCAAGCCAGAGUCUUAUGUGUUCGGCCAGAAGGAGAAACCGGUGAAAUAGUUGGAUCACCAAGUUCUGUUGUCUACAUGGCUAAUCAGAUUAUAGAGAAGAAAGCUUCCUAUAAACAUCGGUACGAGGUGGAAACAACAGAAGAAGAUCAUCAACCAUCAUGGUGGCAUUUACGAGCUGAUCGAGGCAUAACAUCCAUUGCAGUGAUGACUUUUAUAGUGUUUUCUUUGGUUGUAGCCAUAUUUGUUGACACUCUAUUCAAUUUAUCAACGCCCAGCCCACCGUUGCCUUCUUCCAUCGGUGGCGCUGCACAUACAAUCAGCAACGCUCCUAGAGAACUUUAA